AUGGCACCAAACGAUAACCAUUUCCCAUCUUCAAAGCCAUCGUCCACCGCUACUCCUCCGCCGAUCCCAAAUGGAUCAACAACAAACUCUAAACCCAAUCCCCUUCCGCCACGUCAGCCUAUCCGUCAACAGCUCUACUCCGACCACCGUAACCAGCAACAACAACGACGACGGUGGCAGCGGCCAAGCAACCGCCGGAUCUGCUGCUGCUGCUGCUUCUGGUCGAUCCUAAUCCUCCUCAUCACCAUCCUCGUCGCUUCUCUGCUCGCAAUCGGGCUCUACGUCGUCUACCAGCCUCGCCCGCCGUCGUUCACCGUCGCGUCGCUCCGAAUCCACCGCUUCAAUCUCACCGCAUCCCCCGAUUCCUCCGCCGCGCACCUCUCCUCCCUGUUCAACUUGACACUGAUCACCAAAAACCCUAACUCUCAGUUCGUCUUCGAUUACGAGCCGUUGUUAGUCUCCGUCGUGACUGAUCCGGAUGCGAUCUUCCUCGGGAACGGCACGAUUCCGGCUUUCUCGAGCGGAGAGAGGAAUCUGACUUCGUUCAGAGGAGUCGCGGUGGCGUCGACGGAGGCUCGCGAGCUUGAUUUCGGCGAUGGCUUGGGAUUGAAAUCGGAUUUGAAGCGGAGGAGUGGAUUGGAUCUGAAGAUACUGAUGGACACGAAGGUGGAGAUUAGAAUGGGGAAAUUGAAAAGCAAGAGAGUCGGGAUUAGGGUUUCUUGCGGUGAGAUUAGAGGGAGCUUGCCUAAAGGUAAAGCCGUCUCGAUGGCUUCCACUGAUAAAUCCAAGUGUAAGGUUGAUCUCAGGAUCAAGAUCUGGAAUUGGACAUUUUAA